UUUCACAUCGUGCUCUGUGUUUUCUGUUUGUGCUAGAAAAAGGCAAAAUUGUUAACGUUUUAAAUCACAUCUGUCGAGGUUAUUCACUUCAGCAUCGUACACCAUACCGAUGAUAACAAAAUUAUAAAAUUUAGUGAAAAUAAAAAAGUAUAGUUAUUAAUAUUGAUUUGCAAUGUUCGAAAAGCGUCUAUCAAAUGAAGCCAUUGAGGAGUCGGAGUCCCCCGCACUCCGUAGGCAAUUCGUGAUCAAGGUUUAUACGCAAUUUCUGAUUUGUGUCGUAAUUGGCAUUGUCCAUUGGCUGCUGGCCGUGACUCUUUUGCAGUCAACCUUGGUCGAUUUGAUAAAGGAACAUGCUUCAACAUUUAUUUUACUUUUCAUCAUAAGCGUUUUUCUGUUCAUACUGUAUGCUUUGACCGAUCAGGUCAGCGAAAUACCAUGUAUAAGUUGCGUGGUCAUAGUCCUGAUUGUGGAAUGUCUGAAUUUAGCAGUUUUGGUGUUAGUCGUAAACUCGUCGGCUUUGCAUUUAUUAGUUGGUAUUCUUGGAGUUAUGGUCGUGGUUAUUAUUCUGUGCGUUUUGGGUACAUUCAUGCCGUUUGAUAUCACGGAUAGUGUAAAUUUCUUUUUCAUGGUGGCUUGCUCCGUUUUCCUACUGAGCAUCUAUGCCAUCAUGUACUAUGUAGCACUGAAAACGACAUGGCCCAUCUAUUUCUAUAUAGCCAUAAUAGCCAGCUUGGUGUUGUCUUUCCUCAUGUAUCAUGUGCAAUGCAUUGCCGGCGAUGGCCGUGUCCAGGCUGGGCUAGGAGAUGACAAGUACGCCUCUUUGUUAUUGUACCAUGACUUUUUGGCCUUGUUUAUGUUAACUCUUUACUGGCAGUGACAUGCAAUAAAAAAUGAGAUGGAAUAAAAUGUAA